ACUUCUUCAGCCUUGCGAACCUCACGUCAAAGCAGAACUUCCCCCUCCACAAUCACAACAAAAAGCAACAUGAACAACAUACGGCAAAUUCAGGAGCUGAAUAAAAAGGAGCUUGAGAACGGAGUGACCCCAGAAGCAUCUUGGCACGCAGACUAUCGCGAUACAGCCUAUGUCUACAUUGGAGGACUUCCAUUUGAGUUGUCCGAGGGCGAUAUAGUCACAAUCUUUUCACAAUAUGGCGAGCCCACUUAUAUCAAUUUGGUGCGCGACAAAGAGACGGGCAAGUCUCGAGGAUUUGCAUUUCUUAAAUACGAAGAUCAACGGAGCACAGAUCUUGCAGUCGACAAUCUGGGGGGAACAGUCGUGAUGGGCCGAACGCUAAGGGUUGAUCAUACGAGAUACAAGAAAAAGGACGACGAAGCAGAAACGGGUAUUGAUCUUACACGAGAUUUGGAGGAGAUUGAAGAAACUGGUGAAGGCAGGCGCAAAAGAAGACGAACCAACGAGUCCGAGAGCGAGGAGGAACGACCUAUGAUCCAGGAAGAGCACGAGCUGACGAAGCUCAUCCAAGAGCACGAAGAUGAAGAUCCUAUGAAAGCUUACCUGAUUCAAGAGAAGAAAGAGGAAGUUGCCUUGGCAUUAGCCAAAGUGAAAGGCAAGAAGUCAGAAAAGGCGCACAAACAUAGACAUCGGCAUAAUAGAUCGACGAGAGAAGAGGGCGGACGCGAAGAUGAAGAUGCUCGUCGCUCUAGUGGCAGGGAAGAUCGUCAUCGCCGGAGAUCUGGGUCUCGAGAGCAUCCUUCAGUGAAAUAUUUGGAAACAAGACCUAGGUAUAGAAGACGGUCCGAGUCAGGAGGCCGUCACGGAGAUGAGCACAGGAGUCGACGCCGAGAAUCUCCCAGAAGGACAGAGCGGGAACAUGAUAGGACAAGAGACCGGCGGAGGUAGUGAUUCUCUUGACCUUACCCAGCAUGGGUUGUAUAGAUCAGAAAUGGAUUCAUAGAAUGCUCUUCAGCAGCUGCUAUGCAGUCCCCCAUGGACAUCUAAAUGCUCAAAAGCC